CCCCCCAUUCCCUCCUUUACGGAGAACUCCGGACUAAAUAUCACCCCCACCACAACACCCUCGAUCGUCCUCACCUUUCGAUCUCCCCCAACGUCAUUCGUCGAUGGUCGAUCCUCCUCGUCUCAUCCAAAUGAUGCCGCUCGAUCGUCCUUGUUUGUGACUCCCUCGUAUCUCUUUUCUUCGUCCCCCCUCCCUCUUCCACGCCCUCCGAUUCCGACCUCCCGUCGACACAUCCCACAUCUCGCCGAUCGCCUGCAUCGUGGCCCCUUACCCACCUCAUACGCGCCCGAUCCGACCCGGUCACAAUUCGAUUGAUCCAUCAGCCGUCUGACUCGCGACCUGAUCUCCGACAGUCCCGUGGUGUGGGAGACCACGGUCAACUCCUACUCCCUCGAUCGCCCCUCUAGUAUCCCUCCUCCAUUCUCGCCGUCCGCCUUGUCUUCCUUACCUUCACACGUCAACCUCCUUUGCGUGUGGCCACCUGCGUCCCAUCUGGAAACCUCCCCCCAUCGGGAAACACGGACCCGCCUCCCUCUCCUCCCUCUCCUCCCCUUCGUUGGGUGACACGUCGCUUUCUCCCCGUGUCUGGUCAAAUCGGACCGUGGUCGCCGUUGUGCUCCUCCCUCUUCUUCCUUCCCGCCAUCGUUGUGUGGAUCGAACGACCCUGGACCCCUGUGUCAUGUCCGUCAAUUCGUUCCCCGCGCAGUCCUCCUCGCCGCUCGGUCGGAAUCGCAGCUCCCUCCUGUCCAAGUUCCGCUCCCAACUCGGUCAACGCAAUCGCAGUCUCGCCGAUUUCUAUAUUGAACCCGACGAUCCCUGGCGCUCGUACUUCCCGGGCGAUGUCGUCACGGGUACCGUCGUCCUCACCGUCGUCCGCCCCGUGCGCAUCACCCAUCUCGUCAUCAGUCUCCAUGGCGUCGUCAAGGUCUUCAAGAAUACCGUCCCCUCCGGGGAAGCCACCCCGGAGGUGUCGUCCCUGGGUCCUGGCCGCGGGCGGCGCGGGGCCGAGUAUCUGGGCAACGGCUUGGCCACCCUCUUCGAGGACGAGGUCAUCCUCUGCGGUGAGGGUCGUCUCAAGGAGGGCAUCUACAAGUUUCGCUUCGAGAUGUCCUUCCCGCCGUACGCCCUGCCCAGUAGCAUCAGCUUCGAGCGCGGCACCAUCGCCUAUUUCCUUACAUCCACCCUGACCAAACCGACCACCAUGAAUCCCACCCUCACCUGCCGCCGUCGCAUCAACCUUCUCGAAAACAUCGACAUCGCCCCCUUCCCCGCCCCCAAGGCGCGCAUCGUCACCCUCGAGCCCGUUUCCAAGCGCUCCAAGUCCAAGGCGAAACCUCGAUCCAGCGCGACCGAUCCUCUCACCGACUCUCCAACAUCGCUGGACCCCGGCCACGGCGCAUCCGCGUCCGACCCGCCCCCGUUGAGCCCUGCCCCCAGCAACGUCAGCUCGUCGAGUCACCGGAGCAACAGCACCCAGAGCUUCCAGAUCACCGGCAGCGACCCCAGCUCGUCCACGGGGACCGGCGUGCGCACCAGCGAGGCCCGCAGCCUCACCCCGUCCCUGGGGGACCGGACCAUCACCGCCAAGACCGAGGUCCUCCGCGCCGGCGUCCUCCCCGGCGACACCCUCCCCAUCCAGGUCACCAUCGCCCACUGCAAGCAGGUGCGCAGCGCCCACGGCAUCAUCGUCACCCUUUACCGCCAGGGUCGCAUCGACCUCCACCCGGCCAUCCCGGUCGGCCGGUCGGCCGAGGGCAAGAAACCCGUCUACGAGGACUACUACCCGCGCUCCCGCACAGGCCUGGGCGGGCUCACUCUCGGUACCAGCCGCAGCAGCAGCGUCUUCCGGAAGGACCUCGCCCAGGGGUUUGCGCCCCUGGUCGUGGACCCGUCCACCCUGACCGCCGUCGUCAAGACCUCGAUCCGCAUUCCCGAGGACACCUUCCCGACCAUCACGCGCACCCCGGGCAGCAUGAUCAACUUCCGCUACUACGUCGAGGUCGUCGUCGACCUGCGCGGCAAAGUCAUGGCACCCGAUCGCUUCCUGCCGCGCUUCAACCUCAUGUCGUCCGGCGGCAACUUCUCACCGAGCGGCAAGGUCCUCAACUCGCCCGACGCCGGCGGCGGCACCGCCAUCACCGCCAACUGGUCGGGCAACAUCCUCGACACGGACCAGAUUCGCCGCGAGAAGGGCGUCGUUGCCGUCGCCUUCGAGGUUGUCAUCGGCACGCGCGACUCGCACCGCACGGUGUCGGCCCAGCGCACCCCGUCCACCGCCGCCGGAUCCGACGCGCGUUCCGACGAUCACGGGUCGCCGGAGGAGCCGACGAGCCCGCUGCGUGCGGGGGAGAUCGCCGACCCGACCGCGUCGCCCGCCGACUACGGGUUCCCGCACCCAGAUGCCUACUGGACCGAGUACCCCGAGGGGCCGCCACCCCCGCCGCGACCGUUCCAGUCGCUGGGCGAGAUGGUGGCCACGCCGCCGACGGAGGACCCGGUCGACGAGAAGACGCGACUCCGGCGCGCGGAGCAGACCCUGCUCCCGAGUCAGCCGCCCGCGGCGGGGGCGGCGGAGGCGGAAGAUGCGGGCGUAGGGCCCUCGUCCGCGCCGGACGCGGCUACGCCCACGGCGCCGGUGCUCGAGGACGACGACCGCUCCAUCCACGGCUACCAGCAUCUACCGUCUCCCGCGGUGGACGGCGGCGGCGGCCGAUCCGCUCUCCCGUCGGCGGACUCAGACCAGACGGUGGUCACGGGCGGGCCGCGCGUGGACGACAAGCAGGAGAUGGAGCGACGGCGCCUGCUGAUGGAGGCCAGCGCGCCAGGGGACCACGACUCUCCUGUCGCGGACGGGCCCAGUGCCCCCUUAUUCCACGAGGACGAUGACACCCCGCUGGUCGGGCGUACGGCCCCCGCGGAUGAGACUCUGCCUCGCUAUCAACGAUAAUAUUGGCUAGAUCCUACUCCCACGGUUUUUUUUUUUUUUUUGCGAUGGACGGACGGCAGUGGCUGACCGAUGAUGAAAGCCAGGAAACACGUUCCCCGGGGAUGUGGGGUGUCUACAGUGGAAAGUUUGCAUUGUUAUUUGUUGCCCUUCGGUUUCCGGAAGAUACCAUCUUGUUGGCGCUGGUUUACUUUUUUAUGGUUAUUAUUAUUUAUUUAUUGAUUCCCUACGGCCCGGUGAUGACCAUCCCACUAGGGGAUGAGGGCGUUUUGGGUGGUGUUUGGGAACGGAUCUGGGAUGGCUGGCCGAUCCGCCAGUUCUUUGUUUGUGUCUGCAUGGUUUGACAGCCUGUUGGGGAGUGACUCUCCCCUGGUGUACAUAGUGAAUGGGUGGGAUGUGAAUGCAUACCGGUCAAU